AAAUUUAUCAUUCUACAUUAUUCUCCGUUUAAAGCUGUUUGGGAUUGGAUUAUAUUAUUAUUAGUAUUAUAUACGGCAGUAUUAACACCGUAUUCUGCUGCUUUUCUUCUGAACGAAGAUGAAAUUCGCAUGAAACUGAACCGCGAUGCUGCUACUAGAAAUCAGAAUGCCGAUAAAACUAUGGCAGACCCUUUGGUAAUAGUAGAUUUAAUAGUGGAUAUAAUGUUCAUAGCUGAUAUUUUAAUCAAUUUUCGAACUACAUACAUUCAAAAUGGUGAAGUUGUUAGUGAUCAACAAAAAAUCGCCAUUCAGUAUGUUAAAGGGUGGUUUGUUAUUGACGCCAUCGCUGCUAUACCAUUUGAUUUACUACUGUUUGGUUCAGGAACCAGUGACGUAAGUAAU